AUGCACUGCGUGCACCUUCGAAUGAACAAACAUGUAAUGAAAUUGGUUGGAUUCGUUUUGAUGUUUGUACUCUUACUGUCUAUAUAUCGACUGCAUGUGAAAAGUACCGGCAAAUGCCAAGGUCUGACCAAAUUCGAACCGAACGAUGACUACAUAGCCGACUACUUCGCCGAUGACUGGCGCUUGGUGCAACACAUUCGCCGAUUCUAUUUGGAGCCGCCGGUGGACCGUCGGGUGCCGUAUCUGCUGAACGACCCUCACGCGGUCGAUUACUCGCAGUUGAACCAAAGUGCGGUAGUCGCCUCGUUCUUCAACCACAAGCGCAACGGCUUCUUCGUCGAAGCAGGUGCUUAUGACGGCGAGGAAUUUUCCAACAGCCUGUACUUCGAAAAGGAGCUGAACUGGACCGGUCUUUUGAUCGAACCGGACGACGAAAGCUACGAGCAGCUGAGUCGCAAACAACGCAAGGCAUGGCGCCUUAAAGCGUGUCUGUGCGGCAGUCACAAACCGUGUAAAAUGAAGAUGUACCGAACCGGAGACUCGUGGUCGUUGAGCGAGUACACGUUAUGGUUCCGUAUGAUCGGACUACGCCUGUCAGACCAUAUAAGCGUCACCGACGUCUGGUGCUUCCCGCUGCUGUCCGUGCUGUUGGCCAUCAACCGCACGGACAUCGACUAUCUUGCACUGAGCAUGGAGGGAGCUGAAAUACCUGUGCUGAGGUCCAUCAUAACCGAUAAACUGAAUAUCACCGUGGUGCAGGUCGAGGUCUUGUCUUUCUUGGACGUCUCG